CCAAACAAGAACACGCGAAAGAACUUAAAGGAAUAACAACAAUGGGCAUCGCUGGAUCGAUCGAUCCUCGUGAGCGGCCAUUUCCAUCGCGGCAUCAAAUGUAGCUGUGGCGAUCGGCACAGCGCUAGCAUUUCGCGGAUGCCGCGCAAAUCGGGUAAUAGCCGCAUUGAUCUAGCGUAGAAAUCGAGCGCCAGAGCUAGGGAUCCGGGCAUUCCGAGCGAUGUCUUGGAUGAAGAUGGCGUCGGCGCGGCAAGGUCUGGACAGAUCCAAGGCCAGGAUGCAGAUAUUACGGAAGCCCUUCUUCCACUUCGUGCUGUGCUUCUUCGUGGGAUUUGGAAUCGGCCUCACGCCUCUCAGCAGCGGCGGCGGCAGCGCUCGCGAGCAGCAGCGGCCGCGAGAUUCUUUCACGGCCGCCAAGAGAAUCGCGACGGAAGAACAGGUUGUGAUUCUGGAUUCGUCCUCGCCACUGGAAAUCUCCGCGAAUUCCUCGAGAUUUCCAGGGCAGGGAAGAAUGCCACUCCAGGAUCCAAAGAAGCUCCUCAUCAUCGUCACGCCAACGUAUACACGGCCAUUCCAGGCGAUGUAUUUAACGCGAUUGGCGCACACUCUCAAGCUCGUGGAUCCGCCGCUCUUGUGGAUCGUCGUGGAGAUGCCGGGGCAAUCCUUGGAGACCGCGUCGCUGCUCAGGAAGACUGGGGUCAUGUACAGGCACUUGGCUUGCGAGAAAAACCUCACCAACAUCAAAGAUCGAGGCACCCAACAACGAAACUUGGCGCUCCAGCACAUCGAGAUUCAUCAGCUGGAUGGAAUCGUCUACUUCGCGGACGAUGACAACUUCUACUCGCUGGAACUCUUCGACCAACUGCGUGAAAUCAAGAGAUUUGGCACUUGGCCAGUGGCGAUGCUGGCUCACAGCAAAUCCAAGACCAUCCUGGAGGGCCCCGUUUGCGAUGGCCACAAGGUGACGGGCUGGCACACCAACGAGAAGAGCAAGCGAUUGCGAAGAUUUCACGUCGAUAUGUCCGGCUUUGGAUUCAACAGCACCAUUCUCUGGGAUCCCAGGAGGUGGAAGCGGCCAACAACGCAACCAGUUCGUCAGCUCGACACUGUCAAGGAAGGAUUCCAGGAGACGACUUUCAUCGAGCAGCUCGUGGAGGAUGAGAAUCAAAUGGAAGGACUUCCCAGCGGCUGCUCCAAAAUCAUGGUGUGGCAUCUCCAUCUCGAGUCGCAGAUCGCGAGCUAUCCACCAAACUGGAAGAUGGACAAGUUCUUGGAGCCUGUGAUUCACUUGUAGCACAGAGACACAGGGACGGACACUCACACACGCACGCUAGCAAUUUAUACUUUACAAUAGGAUAGAUAGAUUUACGCCUCUCUUGCCCCGCGUUUAGUAGGAGUAUAAAAUCUUUCCAGCCCAAAUUUAUCCAAGCGUAAACAUUGUUGGUUGCAACCAUGCUCACGUAUCUCGCGAUCGUUCUAAUGAAUAUUCUAAAGAUAAAGAAUAUUCUUGAGAA